GGUUUGUGGAUGGAGCUGUUGAACUUGGAUUCUGACAGUGGUGCAGUAGACCUGCUUGUCAUGGUGAUAAGGCCGAAUACCAAAAGCGACUGGCGAGAAAAUUUUGUAAGUUUCUGGUACAGAUUGGUUUUUGGAAAAAAAUCAAAGAUGAAUAUUGUGGAGAUCUUGAAUGUGUCUGCUUCAAGCUUCAAGAAGCACUGGUCGGGAAGCGCUUAUUGAUACUUCUUGACGAUGUGUGGGAACAAGACAUUGUUGAACGUUUUGCAAAGUUAUAUGAUAAUGACUGUAGGUACUUGGUAACAAGUAGGAAUGAAUCUGUCUAUGAGAUAACAGAAGCUUACAAGGUAGAGGUGAGUAAAGAUUGACAUAAAGGAAAUAAGCAAGGCAGUUCUUCUUUAUCAUAGCCACCUCAGAGAAGAUGAGUUACCGGAGGAGGCAGAUACAUUGCUUGAACGCUGUGGUCAUCAUCCCCUGACAGUUUCUGUCAUGGGUAAGGCCCUCAGGAAAGAAAAAAGAGCCGAGAAAUGGGAAAAGGCUAUUUCAAACCUAUCCACCUACGCCACGUGUGCACCAGGUCCGAUCUCAUAUGUAAAUGAGAAAGAAGCUGAAAGCACAGUUACCAUUUUCGGAUCACUUGAAUUUAGUCUGGAGGUGAUGCCUAUGGACUCGAAAAGACUCUUCAUUGCUCUUGCUGCUCUGUCAUGGGCAGAACCUGUUCCAGAAGCUUGUCUCGAGGCUAUUUGGUCGGUUCUUGGGGACGAAAAUCUGUUCUCGCUAACAUCUCGCAAGCUUACUGAAGGCUCAUUACUGAUGGAAGUUGAACCGAAUUCCUUGUACCAAGUGCAUGACAUGGUCUCCCUCUACCUUGAUAGCAAAACAAAUGAGUCGGUUAAAACAUUACUUAAUGAUUCAAAUGCAGAAAAAAUGGCGUUCAUCAGUCCUUGGCUUUUUAUUUUUGGAAAGGAAACAGUUAAAAGAAUUUCUGAGCAGAAUAUUGAGCUCUCUCUUAGUCUUUUAGAAGAAAAGCAAGCGGUAAUUAUCUUAGAAGCAAUAAAUCAAGCCCUCGAGGCAAGCAUGUCGAUUUCUGAAUAUGAAGCAAGCCGGGCAGGUUUUUGCAAAAUGCUGGGUCCGGAGAUUGCAAAUCUGAUGUCAGGAUCACAGGAUCUGAUUGCGGUUUCUUCAGUGGCAAUCACAAAUAUAUUUACGAAUGCAGACUAUUCAGAGUACUUGCUAUCCCUUGAAACUGUAGGAGCAAUUGAAAAACUUGCUAAUAUCAUAGAAAACUGUGAGGAGCCACUAAAUCAGACUAAUGCUUUUACUGUCCUCGCAAAACUUGCGGAAUUCGGAAACCAGGGUACCACUGUUGAAGUUCUUCAGAGAAUUCCGAUGUGUAAAUUGGCCGAUUUGCUGUCUCCACGUGCAGAAGAGUGGCAUGAUACUGUGUGUGCAACAUUAAUGUCUUUGAUCAAAGCUGGAAAGUCAAAAGCUGUUGAGAAAAUGUUUGAUUUUGAAGUAGACCGGAGCCUCAUUAAACUUCUUGAGACGGGGUCUGAUAUUGCUCAAAACCAUGCAAUUGUCAUACUAAAAGCAUUUUACGAGCUUGGAGGUUCUGCGAAUGGUUCACUACAGCCCAGUACUCUAAAUUUGUUGCCUUGGCAAGCAAGACUUCGCCUAGAAAAAUUUGUAUUGAUAGACCAGAACACUUUGUCUUCACCAAAGCCACAAACUUUUGAAGAUGUACUUCACAAACUACUAGACAGCAAUGAGAAGCUAGUGUUAGAAGCUACGCAACAUCUUAUACAGAUAAUUGACGAGGUAGAAGAGUCAAGGAUCAGGGACAUGAUCUUACGGAGUCCCCUUGUCGAAAGACUUUCAGAACUUCUGCAAAAUGGACAAUCAGAUCAAAAUUCAGUAAGGUCCGAAUCUGCUUUUAUUCUAAUGAAGCUUGCUAGCUCUGGGGGAGAGCCUUGCAUUAAAAAGUUUCUGGAGCAUGAUAUUAUUACCGAGUUAAUAAAAGUGAUGCAGUGCAAGAUUCCAGAGUUGCAGGACUCUGCCUAUACAGCACUACAUCACAUGCUUUUCAGCAAUGGCGGAAAUCUCGUUUUGACUCAAAUCCUUCAAACAGGUCUUAUUGAGAGGUUGGUUCAUUCGAUGGAGAGUAAAUCAGUGAAGACCAGAGAAGUAAGUGUGCACUGUAUUUUGGACAUUCUCGAGGUUGGAAACAAAAUGUGUCUAGAACGGUUGUUUUCUUUGCAAGUGGUUGAAAAACUUGUGAAGAUAGAAAAGGGUACUGGGGGAUCCGUUGAAUAUGUUGUCAGUUUUCUUAAAGGAAUUCGCAAGAGUAAGCACCUCACGACAGCAGAGCGUAAGGUGGCGAAGCAGCAAGUUGUUAGGAAGGUUAAGGCAACUUUCAAGGGGCAUAAAUUUGAAACACGAGUUUUAGCAGCCUUAGAUGACUGUAUUUCUGAGGGAUCAAAAGGCAAAAGGCUCCAGUAGCAGUGGUAAUAGGAACAGAAGUUAGUUUCUUGAUUCAUUCUCGUGAAUUCACUGCGAUAGCCUUCUCUUUCGUCUUAUGCUUGAAGAGCCGUUUUUGGGCAAAGAAACUCACGUGUCGAUUCUAUAAAUGAAUAAAUGUCUUCAGCUAUUAAGUUUUGGAAAAUUAGCAUUUGUAUAUCAUUAAUGCUUCUUGACAGCUCCCCAAGUGUAAUCUUUGAACCAAAUUUAGUUUAUAUUCCUAUCCUUGUUCAUAUUA